AUGACGGUUUCAUACACCCUCAAAGUGGCAGAAGCACGCUUUGGUGGCUUCUCCAGUCUGCUCCUUCGCUGGAGGGGAAGCAUCUACAAGCUCCUCUACAAGGAGUUCCUACUCUUUGUUGCUCUCUACGCUGUGCUCAGCAUCGCCUACAGGUUGCUGCUGACCCAGGAGCAGAGGCAAGUGUAUGCACAGGUGGCCCGAUACUGCAACCGCUCUGCGGACCUCAUCCCUUUGUCCUUUGUACUGGGUUUCUAUGUGACUCUGGUAGUGAACCGCUGGUGGUCCCAGUACACAAGCAUCCCUCUGCCGGACCAGCUGAUGUGCGUCAUCUCAGCCAGCGUGCAUGGCGUGGACCAGCGCGGCCGCCUGCUCCGCCGCACUCUUAUACGUUAUGCCAACCUGGCAUCGGUUCUGGUGCUGCGCUCGGUGAGCACGCGCGUGCUCAAGCGCUUCCCCACUAUGGAGCACGUGGUGGACUCAGGUUUCAUGUCCCAGGAAGAGAGGAAAAAGUUUGAGAGCCUGAAAUCCGACUUCAACAAGUAUUGGGUCCCUUGCGUCUGGUUCACCAACCUGGCAGCCCAGGCCCGCAGAGAUGGGCGAAUCCGUGAUGACAUUGCUCUUUGUCUCCUUCUGGAAGAGCUGAACAAGUACCGUGCCAAGUGCAGCAUGCUGUUCCACUAUGACUGGAUCAGCAUCCCCCUCGUCUACACCCAAGUGGUGACCAUAGCUGUCUACUCCUUCUUUGCCCUCUCCCUGGUUGGCCGCCAGUUUGUGGAGCCAGAAGCAGGGGCUGCCAAACCUCAGGAGCCUUUGGAACCAGGCCAGAAGGCAGCGCCAGCCCUGGGAGACCUGGACAUGUAUGUGCCUCUUACCACACUGCUGCAGUUCUUCUUCUAUGCUGGCUGGCUCAAGGUGGCUGAACAGAUCAUCAACCCCUUUGGUGAAGAUGAUGAUGAUUUUGAGACCAACCAGCUCAUAGACCGAAACUUGCAGGUGUCCCUGCUCUCUGUAGAUGACAUGUACCAAAACCUGCCCCCUGCGGAGAAGGACCCGUACUGGGAUGAGGAGCAGCCACAGCCACCCUACACUGUGGCAACAGCAGCGGAGUCACUGCGACCUUCUUUCCUGGGAUCCACCUUCAACUUGCGCAUGAGCGAUGACCCUGAACAGAGCCUGCAGGUGGAGGCAUCUCCAGGGUCGGCCCGGCCAGUGCCUGCAGCACAAACCCCGCUGCUCAGCCGCUUCCUGGGUGCAGGAGCACCCUCCCCUGCCAUAAGCCUCCGAAACUUUGGCCGGGUGCGUGGCGCCCCGAGGACCCCGCAUCUGCUGCGUGUCCGGACUGAGGAGGGAGCAGACCCUGAAGCCACUGGCCGCAUUGAAGAGGAGGCAGUGGAGUCUGGCGACGAGGCCCUGGAGCCCUGA